AUGACGACGGAGUCUGUGUAAGUUGUAUAGGUAAAAAAUAAAGAAAAGAAAGAAGAAAGGCGCCCCAAUCUGCUUCUUCUCCGAUUCGAGUUUGGGGUCUCUGCAACCUAAUUCAUCCCACCUUCAAAUUCCACAGAGACCCUUUUCACCUUUGCAUCCCUCACUUCGGUUUCGGGUUCUAAUUUCUGAAAAUGGAUGGAGCAAUUGGCCGUGGAGGCAGCAGCGCAGACGCGUAUUUACCGAAUUACAAGCUUGGAAAAACUCUUGGUAUUGGUUCUUUUGGCAAGGUCAAAAUUGCCGAGCAUGCAUUAACUGGCCACAAAGUUGCUAUCAAGAUUCUUAACCGGCGCAAGAUAAAGAACAUGGAAAUGGAAGAGAAAGUGAGAAGAGAAAUCAAAAUAUUAAGACUGUUUAUGCAUCCUCACAUUAUACGACUCUAUGAGGUCAUUGAAACACCAUCAGACAUUUAUGUUGUUAUGGAGUAUGUCAAGUCUGGAGAGCUUUUUGAUUAUAUAGUAGAGAAGGGUAGGCUACAGGAAGAUGAAGCUCGUAACUUUUUUCAGCAGAUAAUAUCUGGUGUGGAGUACUGUCACAGAAAUAUGGUUGUUCAUAGAGACCUGAAGCCAGAAAAUUUGCUUCUGGAUUCCAAAUGCAAUGUGAAGAUUGCUGAUUUUGGCCUAAGCAAUAUUAUGCGUGAUGGCCAUUUUCUUAAGACAAGUUGUGGUAGCCCAAAUUAUGCUGCUCCUGAGGUUAUUUCUGGCAAACUAUAUGCGGGGCCUGAAGUAGAUGUAUGGAGUUGUGGUGUGAUAUUAUAUGCUCUUCUUUGCGGUACUCUUCCUUUUGACGAUGAAAACAUUCCCAACUUGUUCAAGAAAAUUAAGGGCGGGAUAUACACUCUUCCAAGCCAUUUGUCACCUGGUGCGAGGGAUUUAAUCCCACGAAUGCUUGUGGUGGAUCCAAUGAAGCGAAUGACCAUCCCUGAGAUUCGUCAGCACAAAUGGUUCCAGGCUCAUCUUCCUCGUUACUUAGCUGUGCCCCCACCAGAUACAAUGCAGCAAGCGAAGAAGAUUGAUGAAGAAAUCUUACAGGAGGUGGUAAAGAUGGGAUUUGACAGAAACCAUCUUGUUGAAUCUCUGCGUGGUAGAUUACAAAAUGAGGGAACCGUUGCUUACUACUUAUUAUUGGACAACCGGUUUCGUGUAUCCAGCGGCUACCUUGGGGCCGAGUUUCAGGAGACUGUGGAAUCUGGUUUCAAUCGUAUGCAUCAAGGUGAGCCUGCUUCUUCACCUGUUGGGCACCGCCUUCCAGGAUAUAUGGAGUUUCAAGGAAUGGGCUCUUCACCUUUUAGACAGCAGUUCCCUGUUGAAAGGAAAUGGGCUCUUGGACUUCAGUCUAGGGCUCAUCCUCGUGAAAUAAUGACCGAAGUCCUUAAAGCUUUACAAGAACUGCGGGUGUGUUGGAAGAAGAUAGGUCACUACAACAUGAAAUGUAGGUGGGUUCCUGGCACACCUGGUCAUCAUGAAGGCAUGGUCGACAAUCCUGUAAACAAUAACCAUUAUUUUGGGGAUGAAUCCAGCAUCAUAGAAAAUGAUGGCAUUAUGAAGACACCCAAUGUUGUCAAGUUCGAAGUGCAGCUUUUCAAAACUCGGGAGGAGAAGUAUCUGCUAGAUCUGCAGAGGGUCCAGGGUCCGCAGUUUCUCUUCCUGGAUCUCUGUGCCGCUUUCCUUGCACAGCUUCGUGUUCUUUAAAGCUGGAUGACUAGUCCCAAAACAGCUCCUUUGUGAAUCUGUCUCGAUGCUUGUGAAAAAGAAAACUUGCAGUUUGUACAUAAUUCUCUCCUUCAGUUUGGGUCGCUUUACUUUGUCCUUGUUGAUCCCAGUUUUAUAUGGGUAAUAGUUGUGCUUGUGCCAAUCUAUAACACUGGUAUUGGCCAAGUCAUUUCUAUUUUGGGUUUUUGAAGUGGUCUGUCCUUAUGGGGGUUCCUCCUAUACAAAACACGAACAGUAUGAAAGAACUAACAUCUCAUCGGAGGAUGCUUUAAUGCAAAUUUUCUUGCCAGUUCUGUGUAAUAG